CUGACGAUCAUCGAGGAGGACAGCUACGAAAAAGACGUUCUGUUGUAUGUACAGCUGGGGGAGCCGCAGAUGUCCGGUGACGAGGUAGCCAGCCUAGCGGCGGAAGCCGAAAAGAAGGCACCGGAGGAAAGAACGGAGAGGGAAAACAUAGCGAUAUUGGGGAAACCCAGAUUAGGGGACAUAACAAGGGCACAAAUUAGGAUAAAGGAAAGCAAGGAGUUUAAGAACACGGUGGACAAGCUGGUGCAGCGGGCCAAUGCGUCCCUGUUGAUCGGCACGUCGUCCUGGAAGGAGCAGUUCGUGGAGGCCAUGACGGUGAGCGCCAGCGACGACGCGGACGAGAAGGAGCCGUCUGGGCUGGACUACGCCAUGCAUUUCGUCACCCUCUUCUGGAAGCUGAUGUUCGCCUUCGUCCCUCCCACAGACAUGCUGAGGGGAUACCUAUGUUUUGUAGUAUCCAUUUUCUGCAUAGGAGUAGUAACCGCUGUCAUAGGAGACAUUGCUUCACAUUUUGGAGCCACGUUAGGAAUAAAAGAUGCUGUUACCGCAAUAGUGUUCGUUGCACUUGGCACAAGCAUUCCAGAUACGUUUGCUAGCAAAGUAGCAGCCAUCCAAGAUAAACAUGCAGACGCCAGCAUUGGCAACGUUACCGGAAGUAAUGCAGUCAACGUGUUCCUAGGUAUCGGCGUCGCAUGGUCAAUUGCUGCCAUAUAUCAUCACGUCAAAGGACAAGUCUUCCAUGUCGAUCCUGGCAACCUGGCAUUUUCUGUAACGAUCUUCUGCACGGAAGCCGUGCUAGUUAUCAUCAUCCUGGUAGCGAGGAGGUCGAGAUUCGUAGGCGGCGAACUAGGAGGUCCAACCGGUAUCAAAUAUAUCACAUCAUGUUUUCUCUUCUCUUUGUGGAUCAUCUACCUCGUCAUGUCAUCCUUGGAAGUGUAUGAUGUUAUCCAUGGGUUCUAGAUAUUAUAUGUACUUAAUUUAUUUAUUAAUAAGAUGUACUCGAAUAGUGACAGGAGUUUAUUAGCGAAUGCGUAAAUAUCUUUAGAGUAGUAAGCAUUUUAGAUACAUCAACUUUGAUGCGAAUAGAUUUAUAUAGAUAGGUGCUGCAGAAAGACAUUUUACGAGUAGGGUUUGUUUGCAGAAUUAUUUAAAACUUAUAAUCAAAACGCGUAAAAAUAAACAUAUGCAAAUUUACACAGGGAUUUUAUUUUUUACCCUUCAGAUGUAAGGCAAAGUGGCAAUUAUGAAUUAGGGUUGUUCAGGGUUGAGUAAAACUGCGACAUGUAGGUGAAACUAUACACCAUUUUUCUUGCUGUUAAAUUUUGUGAUUUAUUCAGUGUGAUUUUUUGUUACAAAAAAACGUUUUGUGUUUUAAUUUUGCCUGAAAAAAUAAUGUAAUCAUU